AUGGCGUGCACGGCCACGUCCAUCAUGACCGAGUCCUACGAGGAACCCGUUAUCGGCACCUCGUCCGGUCUCGCUGUCCGCCGAGAAGAGCUGCGCCGGCGCAGGCAUUCCUCCUAUCACCGCCGGAAUUGGUCCAUGGAGGACAACGUACAGGUUUUGGUCGACCGAUUUCUGAUCGAGCUUGAGCGCCGCCUUGACUUUAUAGAAUCUUACGGCCAACUGAAGCUGGAUGCCGGCAUUGAGCGUGCCUACAACACCCUCCACACCGUGCGCGACUCGUGCUCGAGCGUGAGGAACGACGUAAUAGACGCCGGCAAGCGCCGAGCGAGCGUCCUUGUUACGACCCUGGAGACGAUCCACCAGGAUGCCUUGGCGCGGAAGGAGACCAUGGAGCAGAAGGUGCACGAGGGUAUCCGGUUGUUGGAAUUGACGCUGGCCGACUUUGAGGCCCGCGCCUACGCCAUGCGGGACGCCGGCGUACGGGCCGUAGCCCACGAGAUCUACGGCGAGGGCCACCGGAGGAUGCACGACGCCAAGGUCAAGGCGAAGGAAGUCAUGGGCGAGGGUCUGGAGAAGGCGAGACGAGCCAAGGACAGCAUGAAGGAGAGCGUGGAGCAUGCCGUGGGACACGCAUUGGCGAGAGCAAAGGAGCACGGCCUGAUCAGGUACGAGGAUCUUCCGGAGCCCUGGCGCGUGAACCCCCACAUCCUCAAGGGAUACCGAUUCCACGAGGACAAGCUGGACUGCAUCCUGUCCGUCUUCAAUCUUUCCAACGAAUCCUUCAACAUCUGGUCCCACGCCAUCGGUCUGGUCAUCGUCCUGUCCAUCGCCUUUUACUUCUAUCCCACCAGCGUCAACUUCCACAUGUCGAGCAAAUCCGACAUCUUGAUCGCCGCCAUGUUCUUCUUCGCUGCCUGCAAGUGCCUGGUCUGCAGCACCAUGUGGCACACUAUGAGCAGCAUCUCGGAACAGAAGCUGAUGGAGCGUUUCGCCUGCGUCGACUACACGGGAAUUUCGCUCCUCGUGGCAGCCUCCAUCAUGACGACCGAGUACACGGCGUUCUACUGCGAGCCCGUCUCACGCUGGAUCUACAUGGGCACCACUCUGAUGCUUGGCGUGGGCGGCGUCAUCUUGCCCUGGCACCCGACCUUCAACCGUGCUGACAUGGCUUGGGCCCGUGUUUGCUUCUACGUGUCGCUCUCGGCCACCGGUGCUAUUCCGGUGGUCCAGCUCAUUCACUCGCGCGGUCUUUUCUGGGCCAUUUACUUCUACGCCCCCAUCGUCAAGUCCCUUGCCGUUUACCUCACUGGAGCUGUGCUCUACGCCGCCAAGAUUCCCGAGCGCUGGUGCCCGGGCAUGUUCGACUACGUUGGCGGCAGCCACAACAUCUGGCAUGUCGCGGUGCUCGGCGGUAUUCUUUUCCAUUACGUGGCCAUGCAGGAGUUCUUUGCGCAGGCUUUCCUGCGCGCCCAGACACAGCCGCAGUGUUCGGCGUAUUGA